AUGCGAUUGAUCUCGGCAUUUCGAUUGCUGUUAGGAGCCGUUGGUCAGGGCCACACCGUGUCGUUUCGGAGUCUGGAGGAGACUUCCUCGUCCAGUCCCUCUUCUUCCUGUGUCUUCAACGGCUCGGACUCGGACAUUGCGCAGCAGCUCUACAUCCGACACAAGGCCGGCGACACCGGUGACCAAGUGGAGCUAACGUCGGUUCCUACCGCGGUUUCUGGGCGUCUCGACGCCAUCAACGUCGACUUUAACAGCCUGCCGGGGCUCGUCCAGCGCGCUGUUCUUUGGGACACGGGCUUUGCCAUUGCGCCAGGUAAUGUACCGGUGCAAAUCUACCCAAUGCACAAUCGCACCAUGGACAAUAUCGCCAUCCCAAAGUGGGAAGUCUCGGGUGUGGACUGCACCUUCACGAAUUGCUCGCAACCAAAUGAUAUAACGGCUUACUACAGUCAUACGUGCACGGGAUGGCAGAUGCUUAAUACUUCACACUGUGUGAUCGAUGUCUUCGAAGACUCGGGUGCUGGAACGUACCUAGGCAACAUGUGGGCGAAUGGAGGGGACCCGGACGUCGCUCCGUUGAUCGAACUGAGGGAUCACACGUGGACGGAGCCAGUGUUUAAUACUAGCACCACCUUCUCCGUCUAUGUGGUGCAUACAGUCUAUAGUUCGCAAGAACCGGCCUGGGGACAGUGUCCCUUGGGUUACGGAGCCGUGAGUAUCCCAUGUGCUAGACGCGACGCGUUCACAGACGAGUUCAUGGCUGCAAACACCACAAUCCCGACCGGAAGUGCGUGGGUGACUACGUGGUUGGAAGACGAGUUCGCCGAGAAAUCCUCAGGAUUCGACACAAUCCUAUUGAUCCCGAUCAUCCUUGGUGUCGUCGCGGUUCUUGGUGCUCUCGGUCUGGGCUGGUUCUGCUGGAAACGCAAAGCCGAAAACAGGGCGCAUAAGUCGACGUCUGCAGCCCACGACAUGGAAACGGACCAAUACUUGGCUGUGGGCACUCCAGAGAUGAUACUUGGACCCACUGGGUUGACCACACAGGGCUCCACUAUCUCGAGUCACUACGAGAGUGCUGGAUCGAACAAGACGCUCAAGAUCUUGCUUGACAGUGAGCACUUACAAGGCAAACGCAUCCCAUACGACAGUCUACUAUUUGAGCGAGCUGUCUCAAAGGGAGCGUCAGGAGAAGUGUGGAUCUGUCAGUACAACGGACAGCAAGUGGCAGCCAAGAGAUUGCUGCAAAGCAAGGACCAGAACGCUGAAAAGGUGCAAGCGUUUGCCGCUGAGAUCGAGCUGAGUGCCAGUCUUGUUCACCCGCAUAUCGUCGAGUUCAUCGGUGUGGCGUGGAAUAGUCUGAAUAACUUGACAAUGGUGCUCGAGCUCUUCCCUAUGGGCAAUUUACAGAAUUAUCUACAGAAGAAUUCCGACCUGUUGUCGUGGGCGAGAGACAAGAUCCACAUGGCCAUCGGAGUGGCCCAGGCUCUUGCGUAUCUGCACGCUCGCACGCCGCCUCUCAUCCACCGUGAUCUCAAGUCGAACAACAUUCUGUUGACUGAUAAGCUGGAGCCUAAGCUCAUCGACUUUGGAGUGAGUCGUGACACUGUCGACCUCACCAUGACAGCUGGAGUUGGCACACCGUACUGGACAGCGCCAGAGAUCCUGGAGGGCAAACGAUACACGGAACAAGCGGAUAUUUACUCGUUUGGUGUGGUACUCACGGAGCUUGAUACGAGCAAAAUCCCGUACUCAGAUGCGGCAACGGAACAUGGAGGCAAACCGAAGCCAUUCCAGAUCCUGCAGGACGUUAUGGCCGGCAAGCUUCGUCCGACCUUCUCCAAGGACUGCCCUCCUCGGAUCCAGAAGAUUGGAAUGGCUUGCCUCGCUCUCAACCCAGAAGAUCGUCCGUCGGCGCAGGAACUGGUGCAGGAGCUUCAGGGAGACGGAGGUGAGCAGUACAGUAGGCUUUCAGGCUUUGUGGUGUGA